AUCAGGAUGCACUCGGGCAAACGAGGACUGGUGGCACCGCAGAACACUUUUCUGGAGAAUAUUGUCCGUCGCUCCAGCGAGACCAGCUUCAUUUUGGGAAAUGCACAGAUCGUGGGGUGGCCAGUUGUUUACAGCAAUGAUGGCUUCUGCAAACUGUCUGGGUACCACCGAGCCGAGGUCAUGCACAAGAGCAGCACAUGCAACUUCAUGUAUGGUGACUUGACUGAUAAUGGGACUAUUGACAAAAUCAGGGAGACCUUUGACAACUAUGAGUCCAACUUCUAUGAGGUUCUGCUUUACUCUAAAAACAGGACUCCGAUAUGGCUUUACAUGCAGAUCGCCCCCAUCCGAAAUGAAAACGACAAAGUUGUGCUUUUCCUCUGCACCUUCAGGGACAUUACACUUUUUAAACAACCAAUCGAGGAUGAUUCCACAAAAGGAUGGACAAAGUUUGCCAGACUGACCCGAGCUAUAGCCAGCAAUCGAAACUUGGUGCAGCAACUCACCCCCAUCAGCAAAGCAGAGGUCAACCACAAGCCGUCCCGACUGGCCGAGGUUCUUCAACUGGGAUCAGAUAUUCUUCCUCAGUACAAACAGGAAGCCCCCAAGACCCCGCCCCAUAUCAUCCUGCACUACUGUACCUUUAAGACCACUUGGGACUGGGUCAUUCUCAUUCUCACCUUUUACACCGCCAUCAUGGUCCCAUACAAUGUGUCUUUCAAAACCAAGCAGAACAACAUCGCCUGGCUGGUGGUGGACAGUGUGGUGGAUGUUAUUUUUCUGGUGGACAUUGUGCUAAAUUUCCACACCACCUUCGUCGGUCCGGCUGGAGAGGUCAUCUCUGAUGCCAAACUGAUACGAAUGAAUUACCUCAAGACCUGGUUUGUUAUUGACCUGCUGUCCUGUCUGCCCUACGAUAUCAUCAACGCUUUUGAACACGUGGACGAUGACUUAACCUCUGGAUCUGGAAACGUACGGGACCCAAACGGCAUUCACAGGAAUAUCACCAGGACAGAAGACUCUGUCCUCCCUGGUCUGAGCAGCCUCUUCAGCUCCCUAAAGGUGGUCCGUCUGCUGCGUUUGGGUCGCGUCGCUCGUAAACUGGAUCAUUAUCUUGAAUACGGAGCAGCGGUCCUGGUCCUCUUGGUGUGUGUCUUUGGUCUGGUGGCCCAUUGGCUGGCUUGUAUUUGGUACAGCAUUGGAGACUAUGAAAUCAUCGAUGAAGCCACCAACAGCGUAAAGAAGGACAGCUGGCUCUAUCAACUGGCUGAGAGCAUUGGAGCGCCGUACCGCUACAACAUCAGCGGGACAGGGAAAUGGGAGGGCGGCCCCAAUAAGCACACGCUCUAUGUGUCCUCCCUGUACUUCACUAUGACCAGCCUCACCACCAUUGGGUUUGGGAACAUCGCGCCGACCACCGAUGGAGAGAAGAUCUUUUCAGUGGCGAUGAUGAUGGUCGGAUCUCUACUUUAUGCAACUAUUUUUGGAAAUGUCACCACGAUUUUCCAGCAAAUGUACACAAACACAAACCGCUACCACGAGAUGCUCAACAAUGUGCGGGACUUCCUCAAGCUCUACCAGGUCCCCAAAGGUCUGAGUGAAAGAGUCAUGGACUUCAUCGUGUCCACAUGGGCCAUGUCUAAAGGCAUUGACGCAGAGAAGGUCCUCUCCAUCUGCCCCAAAGACAUGCGGGCGGACAUCUGCGUGCACCUCAACAGACCAGUGUUCAAUGACCACGCUGCGUUCCGAUUGGCCAGUGACAGCUGCUUGCGCUCUCUGGCCGUGGAGUUCACCACCACACACUGUGCCCCAGGGGACCUCAUCUUCCACAUCGGCGAGAGCGUAGACACCCUGUGCUUCGUGGUCUCGGGGUCACUGGAGGUCAUUCAGGACGACGAGGUCGUUGCAAUACUCGGUAAAGGUGAUGUCUUUGGAGAUGUGUUUUGGAAGGAGAGCACUCUGGCCCGCGCCUGUGCCAAUGUCCGUGCCCUGACCUACUGCGACCUCCACGUGAUCAAGAGAGACGCACUCCUGCGGGUCCUGGAUUUCUACACCGCUUUUGCCAACUCUUUCUCUCGCAAUCUCCUCCUCACCUGUAACCUGCGCAAACGGGUCAUCUUCAGAAAGAUCGCAGACGUGAAGCGGGAGGAGGAGCGGCAGAGAAACGAGGUGGCCCUCUCCAUCCCCGAAGAUCACCCUGUGCGGAAACUGUUCCAGAGGUUCAGGCAGCAGCGGGACAGUCAGACCCCAGAUGGACAGACCCUCAUAGAGUCUUAUUGUGACCACAACUGUAUCCAAGUUGAGCCACAUCACCAUGACAACAGUGACAAUAACAGUACCACGACCCAGGGCUCUCCGGCAAGGGCUCAUAGAGAAGCACAGGGUCAGGACGAGAGUGCCACUAAGCCCUCUGCAGAGGGUUCUAGAGCUCAGAGCCCUGUCCCGGGACGAGAUGGAGCUGUGUCACUGCGAGGAGGGGUGAGGGGGUGGGCCAAAUUCAAGAGUGCCACUACAGCACCCCCUCCUACUCAAAAACAGUCUGAGCCUAAGUCUGAGGCAGAUCAAACUGCACCCACCACCAAGACUCAGGACCCAGAGGGCAGUGGGGACACGGGGGGUGCAGAGAGUCUCAGUGCAGCGGAGGAAACCAGUGCACUGCAUAAAACAGACUCCUGUGACAGCGGCAUCACUAAGAGUGACCUGCGCAUCGACCGAGCAGGCGAUUCCCGGAGCUCCUUUGAGCGCAGCCCUAUUGAGCGCAGUCCGAUGGAGGCGUCUUUAAAACAGUCUUUUGUCACACCCCUGUCUGAGCACAGCCAGCUGCAGAGCUCUCUCCAGGAGGCCAAAGCUGAGCUGAAGGGGGACAUCCAGAGGCUGAGCGGCUGCAUGUCUGUGCUGGAAUUGCAGGUGGGGCAGAUCCUGCGGCUCCUCUCGGGAGGCAGACGCCUGUCACUGCCCCCCACAUCCUCCUCCCAAACCAGAGCAAAGACUCAGGACUCUGUCACCUCAUUGGGACCCCCUAAGAAUGACCAUGAGACAUUCUGA